CUUCCCAACUAGUUAAAAAGUUGGCGCGUGAUCAAGCGGCAGCAUGGCCAUAUACCAGAUGAAAACUGGCAGCAUGGCGGCAAAACUAAUUCUUGAAGAUGGGACAGUCUUUCAUGGAAAGUCAUUUGGAUCAAGUCAGAGCAAAUCUGGUGAAGUUGUUUUCCAGACUGGAAUGGUUGGUUACCCAGAAUCUCUUACUGACCCAUCAUACAAUGGACAGAUUCUUGUUCUUACAUAUCCCUUAAUUGGAAAUUAUGGAGUGCCAGAUAAGUCGAGAGACAGUGAGGGAAUUCUUAAGAAUUUCGAAUCCGAAAAGAUCUGGACCCAAGGCCUAGUCAUUGGUGAUUUAACAGAAGAGCAUAGUCACUGGGCUGCAAAAUUGUCACUUUCGAAAUGGCUUGAAAAUGAAGGCAUUCCUGGUAUUUAUGGCAUAGAUACAAGAGCACUUACAAAAAAGCUGAGAGAGAAGGGAACAAUGCUUGGAAAGAUAAUUGUUGGUACUGAUUCUGCAGAGGCACUGCCAUUUUCAGAUCCAAAUACAAGAAACUUGGUUGCGGAAGUCUCAUGUGAGAAACCAAAACUGUACAACAAAAGUGGAAAAAUGAAAAUUAUAGCUGUUGAUAUGGGGAUUAAAUACAACCAAAUAAGAUGUCUAUUGUCAUGUGGUGUUCAGGUUAAAGUUGUACCAUGGAACUAUGAUUUUGUUCCAGAGCUCAUUUCAAAAGAAUAUGAUGGCUUGUUUCUCAGUAAUGGCCCUGGAGACCCGACAAUGUGCAAUGCAACAGUGGAGAAUCUUAGAAAGCUGCUGCAGGCUGAGCAAAAUAUCCCAAUAUUCGGGAUUUGCAUGGGUCAUCAAAUUCUUUCUUUGGCUGUUGGUUGCGAGGCUUUCAAAAUGAAGUAUGGCCACAGAGGACACAACCAGCCCUGCAUCCAUUCAGAAACACGGCGCUGCUAUAUAACAUGCCAGAAUCACGGAUUCGCGAUUGACACAGUACAGCUACCUCUGAACUGGUCCGUGCUUUUCACGAAUGCAAAUGAUGGAACCAACGAGGGUAUUAUCCAUAACAGCAAGCCAGUUUUCAGUGUCCAGUUUCACCCAGAACACAUGGGUGGACCAAGGGAUCUUGAGACCCUGUUCCCGUUUUUUAUCAACAUUGUAAAUUCCUUCAAAGAAGGGAAAAGUGUUUGCCUUAAGGACAGCUUGACAAAGACAUUAGAGUACAAAAAUCGCAAGGAGAGUAGCAAAAAGCCAUAUAAAGUGUUGAUCUUGGGAUCCGGCGGGCUUUCAAUUGGGCAGGCCGGAGAGUUUGAUUACUCCGGCUCUCAGGCCAUCAAGGCAUUGAAGGAAGAGAAGAUACACACAGUUUUGAUCAACCCAAACAUUGCCACUGUGCAGACAUCGAAGGGAUUGUCUGAUAAGGUCUACUUCUUGCCCAUCACUGAAGAUUACGUCACGCAGGUAAUCGAAUGGGAGAGGCCAGAUGGAAUCCUUCUUGCGUUUGGUGGACAGACCGCUCUAAACUGCGGCGUGAAGUUGCAGGAAAAUGGUGUUUUCGAAAAGUACAAUGUCAUGGUUCUUGGAACACCAAUACAGUCCAUUGAGUGGACGGAGGAUCGGCAGCUAUUUGCGGAGAAGAUGGCGGAGAUUGGCGAACAUGUAGCGCCUAGCGAAGCGGCCUACUCUGUUGAACAGGCCCUCGCUGCAGCCAAUAGAUUGAAGUACCCUGUCAUGCUUCGGUCAGCGUUUGCCCUUGGAGGACUGGGUUCUGGUUUUGCAUCUAAUGAAUCUGAACUGCGAAGCCUCGCAACGGCAGCAUUUGCUCACACAAAACAGGUUUUGAUUGACAAGUCGUUGAAGGGUUGGAAAGAAAUCGAAUACGAGGUUGUUAGAGACAGCUACGACAACUGUAUAACGGUUUGUAACAUGGAGAAUGUCGAUCCAUUGGGUAUACACACAGGGGAGUCGAUUGUCGUUGCACCAAGUCAAACGCUCACCAACAAGGAAUACAACAUGCUUAGAAGUGUGGCAAUCAAAGUUAUCAGACAUCUGGGCGUGAUCGGAGAGUGUAAUAUCCAGUAUGCACUGAGGCCAGAUUCAGAAGAGUACUUCAUCAUCGAAGUGAAUGCGCGUCUGUCACGCAGUUCAGCUCUGGCAUCCAAAGCCACGGGCUAUCCGUUGGCCUACAUCGCCGCAAAACUGGCGCUUGGAAAGGCGCUGCCGGAGUUGAAAAAUUCCGUUACCGGAUCGACAACAGCCUGUUUUGAACCGAGUCUGGACUAUAUUGUGGUAAAGGUGCCAAGAUGGGAUCUUAGCAAGUUUAGCAGAGUGAGCACAAAAAUUGGCAGCUCGAUGAAAAGCAUCGGUGAGGUAAUGGCAAUUGGGAGGUCGUUCGAGGAGGCAAUUCAGAAGGCAUUGCGAAUGGUAGACGAGAAGUACCUCGGAUUUUCGCCAUGUGGUUUGGAACCUUCAGACAAAGAACUCGAAGAACCUUCAGACCAGAGGAUUCUCUACCUCUGCGCAGCCUUGAAGUCUGGCUACACCAUCGACAGGCUGUAUGAAUUGACAAAAAUCGACCGCUGGUUCUUGUAUAAAUUUAGAAAAAUAAUCGAAUUUGCCCAUAUGCUUGAAACCAAUUUCUGUCAGGACCCUGGAACGGCAACACGCAUACCAAAAGAUGUUCUUCUCGCUGCGAAGCAGCUUGGUUUUUCCGACAAGCAGAUCGCCAAGCACGUGCAAAGCACCAACUUGGCUGUACGAAUGCUGCGAAUGGAGCUGGGUGUCAUUCCAAACGUGAAGCAAAUCGAUACGGUGGCCGCUGAAUUCCCUGCCAGUGCCAACUACCUCUAUCUGACCUACAAUUCCUGCGAAAAUGACGUUUCAUUUGGCGAGAAAGGUGUCAUGGUGCUUGGUUCUGGCGUUUAUAGGAUUGGAAGCAGCGUGGAGUUUGACUCUUGUGCUGUUGGUUGCAUUAGAGAAUUGAGACAGCUGGGUAAAAAGACGGUGAUGGUUAACUGCAAUCCGGAAACUGUGAGCACGGAUUACGAUGAAUGUGACCGCCUUUACUUUGACGAGAUCUCUUUUGAGACUGUAAUGGAUAUUUAUUCAAAAGAAGACCCAGAGGGUGUUAUUCUAUCCAUGGGCGGCCAAAUACCGAAUAAUAUUGCCAUGGCUCUGCAUCGCCAGCAAGUACGAGUCUUGGGAACAUCACCUGAGAUGAUCGACAACGCGGAGAACCGGUUCAAGUUUUCUCGGCUUCUUGAUGGUAUUGGUAUUCUGCAGCCAGUAUGGAAAGAACUUACAACCACUGAGGAAGCUUUCAACUUCUGUCAGAAAGUCGGUUACCCCUGCUUGAUUCGACCGUCCUACGUGCUCAGUGGCGCUGCCAUGAACGUUGCUUAUAGCGACAACGAUUUGAAGGCCUAUCUUGGCUCAGCAGUGUCUGUUAGCAGAGACCAUCCUGUGGUCAUCUCAAAGUUUAUCCAGGAUGCAAAGGAAAUCGACGUGGACGCAGUUGCAUCGUGCGGUGAACUGAUCAGUUUGGCCGUAUCCGAGCAUGUUGAGCUGGCAGGCGUUCACUCAGGCGACGCUACUCUCGUCUGCCCACCGCGGCAUAUUAACGCUGAGACGCUGAGAAAGAUCAAACAAGUCACCUAUUUAGUUGCUGAUGCACUAAACAUAUCAGGCCCAUUCAAUAUGCAGUUGAUAGCCAAGGACAACCAACUGAAAGUAAUCGAAUGCAAUCUACGAGCCUCGAGAUCGUUGCCAUUUGUAUCCAAAACACUGAAUCACGACUUCAUUGCCUUGGCAACAAGAGUGAUGGCUGGUGGCAGCUUCGAACCUGCCUUUGACGUCAUGGACAAGUGCGAGAGAGUCGGGGUCAAGGUUCCGCAGUUCUCAUUUUCGCGAUUGGCUGGCGCCGAUUUUAUGCUUGGCGUUGAAAUGGCGAGUACAGGAGAGGUUGCCUGCUUUGGUGAGAACCGCUACGAGGCUUAUCUGAAAGCCCUUUUGAGUACUGGCUUCAAAAUGCCAAAAAAGACGAUUCUUCUCACUGUUGGUAGUUAUAAGUCCAAGAUAGAAUUGCUGCCUUAUGUCCGCAUGCUGCAGAAAUUUGGAUACGAACUCUAUGCCAGUAUGGGAACUGGAGAUUUUUACAGCUCACAAGGAGUAGAGAUACAGAUUGUCGACUGGCCUUUUGAAGAAAAUGGCGACGAAGGCCGAGAACAGAGCAUUCAAGAAUAUCUGAUUCAAAACAAAUUUGACCUUGUUAUCAAUAUACCAAUGAGUUCCGGUGGGGCGAGGAGGAAAGCUCAUUUCAUUACCCAUGGCUACAGGACAAGACGAAUGGCUAUCGAUUACUCUGUCCCAUUGAUCACAGAUGUGAAGUGUGCCAAGUUGUUCAUCGAGGCGCUGAACCGUGUUGGUAAAGAACCGAAGGUGAAGACCCACCUUGAUUGUGUCACAUGCGGCAGCAUUGUCCGCUUGCCAGGGUUCGUCGAUGUUCAUGUGCAUAUGCGGGAGCCAGGUGCGGCAUACAAAGAGGACUUUGUAUCAGGAACCGCAGCGGCAUUAGCCGGUGGCAUUACGAUGGUAUUGUGUAUGCCAAACACAAAACCCACUAUAACCGAUCGGAGUGCCUUUGAACUGGCUCAAAAAUGUGCCCGUCUUGGUGCAAGAUGUGACUACGCUCUAUACGCUGGAGCCGGAUCCGACAAUGCGGAAAAGAUCGCGAAGCUGGCCCAUCUCACAGCUGGAUUGAAGAUGUACUUGAACGAUACAUAUUCGACUCUGAAGAUGCCUGAUUUGACACAAUGGAUGGCGCAUUUUGAGCAUUGGCCUAAGCAAUACCCAGUAGUCGCCCACGCAGAGGGCACAACAGCCGCUGCUGUAAUUCUGUUGUCACAAAUUUAUGACAGGCCAGUCCACAUCGCGCAUGUCGCACGGAAGGAGGAGAUUUCUAUCAUACGUGCUGCGAAGGAGAAAGGACUUAAGGUCACGUGUGAAGUGUCUCCUCACCACCUGUUUUUGACGGAAGACGACAUUGUGACUAUAGGCACUAGUCGCAUCCGAGUGAAACCUGAACUUGGUUCUUUGGAAGACCAGCAGUCAUUAUGGGACAAUAUGGACAUUAUCGACUGUUUUGCCACUGAUCACGCACCCCAUGCACUUGAAGAAAAGGAUUCAGAAAAUGCUCCUCCAGGGUUUCCAGGGCUGGAGACGAUGGUCCCGCUUUUGUUGGAUGCAGUUCAUAAAGGAAGGCUGACUAUGCAGGACCUGAUUCUAAGGCUCCACACCAACCCAAUCCGUAUUUUCGGCCUGCCUGAACAGAAGGAUACCUAUAUUGAAGUUGACGUUGAAGAAGAAUGGACGAUCCCUGAUUUUAUGCCAUACACGAAGUCCAAAUGGACGCCAUUUGCUGGAAUGAAGGUUACAGGCAAAGUUAGUCGCGUGGUGCUGCGAGGCGAGCUUGCAGUUAUCGAUGACCAGGUUCUUGCAGAGCCAGGAUAUGGUCGUGACGUGAGGGCAUUCCAGCCGCCAAAAUGCCUUCCAGCUUUGGAGACCUCAUUUGAUGUUGUACCAGCAAAAUCGCCAAGAGAAAGAAAAGUAUCUGGUUCAAUUGCUUCACCAAAAGUGCCACCUCCAAGUCCAUCGAAAAAAGUCACAUUUGAUGCAAACCGAGAUACACCUUGGUCGGCACCCCCGUCUGUUCAUCGAUCUCAUGAUGCAAGCCCUAAGCAAACAGUUCCAGAAAUCGUUUUCGAAAGCACAAGCGCAGCUGGUACCCCUCAUGCGGUGCUCCUAACUAUGCAACAUGGCCUGACGGGAAAACAUGUUUUGUCCGUAAAGGAUAUCACAAAAGACCAGUUUCAUCAUAUAUUCAACGUUGCCCAUCAGAUGAGAAAAGCUGUGAGAAGAGGGGAAUCAUUUGAUAUACUCAAGGGUAAAGUUCUCGGUUUAAUGUUCUUCGAACCAAGCACUCGAACGGCAACCUCGUUUCUGUCAGCAAUGCAGCGACUAGGAGGCACAGUUGCUCAUAUGAGGCCUUCUGAUUCUUCCCAAGUGAAAGGUGAAUCGCUGGAAGACUGUGUGCAGGUGAUGAGCUCUUACUGUGAUGCCGUUGUCAUGCGCCAUCCAGAAACAGGCGCGGUUCAGAGAGCAGCAAGGCACUGUCAGAAACCUUUGAUCAAUGCCGGAGAUGGGGUAGGAGAACAUCCCACACAGGGUUUGCUGGAUGUCUUUACCAUUCGAGAGGAAAUAGGAACUGUUAAUGGAAUUACGGUGACUAUGGUUGGUGAUCUGAAGCACGGAAGGACGGUCCACUCACUUGCGCGCAUGCUCACUUUAUACAGAGUAAAAUUGCAGUAUGUGUCACCUGCAUCUUUGAAAAUGCCAGACCAGGUGAAAAAGUACAUCGAAGAACGAUCCAUUCCACAGAGUGAAUUUGACUCGAUUGAAGACGCAUUGCCAGCUACUGAUGUUUUAUACAUGACGCGAAUUCAAAGAGAAAGAUUCCCUAGUAAAGAGGAGUUUGAGAAAGUCAAUGAUUCCUUUCUUCUGACACCAAGACUUCUCACGCAUGCGAAAGAGAAAAUGGUCGUAAUGCACCCUCUGCCAAGAAAUAACGAAAUCAGUCCGGAGAUCGAUAGUGACCCAAGAGCAGCCUACUUCCGGCAGGUGGAAUGUGGAAUGUACGUAAGGAUGGCGCUGCUGGCCCUGGUUCUUGGAAAAUGCUAAAGAAUUCCUAGAAUUGUUGUCUUCCACAUACUAUCCAGAUACAGAUAUAAUCUACAAAUAUUGAUAGACUUCAUAUCACUUAGUGAACUGUUAUUUGGGUUUAAAACAGAGAAAAGUAUUCAAGAACUUAAAUUCUAAUAAUGGGAGUAGCUAAUGUGCAGCCAGUACUUGCUUUACCUCGACACGUCAUGUCAGGUAUGUAGCAAGUAAAGCCGAACCCCCCUUUAAUUUGUUGCUUACCUGGUUACCUGAGCUGAUUAAAUUGAUGAUGAUGCUGAUGAUGAUGAUGAUGAUGAUGAUAUUAAUAAUGAUUGAUGAUGAUGAUGAUGAUGAUGAUGAUGAUGAUGAUGAUGAUGAUGAUGAUGAUGAUGAUGAUGAUGAUAAUGAUGAUGAUGAUAAUGAUAAUGAUGACGAAAUUUUACGAAUAGGGGGUGAGAGAGCAACGAAUAACUUUGUUUAUGUCCCAGAUUCCUUCAAUGUCUUGUUAUGUUGCAUUUUUGUUUAGUUUAUAACAGUAAACUGUCUCUUGAUAAUAACUUUAUUUAAGUUUUCUUUAUUUAAUCGUUUCGUUAAGUAAUGUCGAGAAGCUUGCGUCAAAUUUGUGCUUAAAAUUGAAAUUUAUAAACAGGCCUAUGUAUUUGUUUCUGGUAAAGAUAGCUAAGCAAUACAUACGUCAAUUACUUUUGAAUUAAUGGGUAGAAUCUAAUUGCUUUUUCUUUCAAGGAUAUAUUGAAUACAAUAAUGGAACUUACUUUCGGUGAUAAAUAUAUUUUUGUACUUGGCUUUCAUGUUGCUUUCUUCUUUUAAAUGUUUUCUUUGUUCUACUUUUUGAUUCCAUAAUAUUUUAAAUUUAUUUGAUAUACACGAUGUUGAUUUACGUAAAAA